CGUCGUCGUCGUCAGUUUUUAUUCAAGAUGGCGAACGUCCGGGAUAGCGACAUUUCACUGUGGCUACACAAUAAGCUUGGUACAUCAAACGACUCAUGGAUAAGCGGCUCAAUCAUAUCACAACUGAACAAGGAAGUCCUGCGGAACAUCAAGGAGUGUUUUCCGGAUCUUCAGACGCAGGUGAAGCUGAAAUUGCUGCUAAGUUUCUUCCACAUCCCGCGGAGGAUUGUCGAGGAGUGGAAAACCGAACUCGAGGAGGUGAUUGAAGUUGCAGGUCUAGAUUCAGAGCUAUGGGUCUCAAUGAUAGCGGAAACCAUCAAAACGCUGCCGACGACUGGUUCGCUCAACACAGAAAUCUCCGAUUACGAAGAAACACGACCAAUCUUCACCGAUAUGGUCAACGAGUUGAGGAGGUUGGUGGUAAAGAACGCCGAUCUCGGUCUGUUGCCGCUGGAGUGUCAGUAUCUAAACAAAUCCGCGCUGGUUACAGUGGUGGGCCAACAGUCGACCCCGGUUAAACAUUUUACACUGAAGCGUAAACCGAAAAGUGCGAAUUUGCGCGCCGAACUGUUGCAGAAAUCAUCCGACGCACAAAGUUGCCUGAAGAAGAUUUCUGCGCCGACAGUGCCUUUGAGGUCCAGGGGAAUACCACGAAAAAUGACGGACACAACACCAUUGAAGGGAAUUCCUUCGAGGGUUCCCACAGGUGGUUUUCGUUCGCCGGCUUCUUCGCAAGGACAGAACAGACCAAGCCUCAGUCGAACGCCAGCUGGCCGAAAGGAAGGUGGUGUGAAAUUGUUAGAAAUUGGAGAGCAGCCUUUGGGUUAUGCAGCUGCAAAAAAACGAAAACGAGAGCAGGAACGCGAAGAGCAACAGAAGAAAGCUGCGGAACAAGCGAGUGCACAGACUACCCAAGAUAUUAAGCCUGUUAUUACAACGCCUACAACCUCCACUGUCACGACUACAACGCCUGAUUACGCCGCAGGGCUCACAGCCAGUACAGUAUACAGUCAACCCGCUACACCGAUGCCUGUCACAACGGUCAAGGAAACCGUUGUCUCCACCGUUACUUCACAGCCCAUGCAAAUUCAGCAGACCCAACCGAUGGAAGUAAUAAUGGAUAUGAAACACGAUGUCAAGCAAGAGAUCAAACAAGAGCCUUUGCUGAGUACACCGGUACAAUCUAUUCCUGUAGUGUCGUCUACAGUACAGCAAACAAUAGUGCCUCCAGUUCCACCCUUAGCGUACCCAACCACACAGAAAAUAACCAUCAAAUCAGAGCCUAGCGCUUCUGUGGCUAUGACUGCUUCAAAUCCACCAUCUUUAGUUCGAUCUGUGGCCCUACCAACAGUGACCCAAGUUAAAACACAGCCACAGCUUCAACACCAAUCAUUUCCAGCAGCUCCUAGUUCUGUGCAAAUGAUUCAACAAAGCGCAGCGUCGGGAAUCGUUAGUAAAGGUCCCCCCAAAAUUGAAAUAUUCUCAUCAAAAACGAUACAACCGGCCACGAUUCAAACAUCGAUACCCAAAUCCACCACUAUUAUUAACCAGGGUGGUAACAUUUUAUUCACCACGAAGCCAGCGCAGCCAAACACAACGGCCGCUAGUUCCGGAACUACUAUUAUACAGCAGAAACCCGCUUUACAAUCCUACGUUUUGAACACUUCGCCACCUGGAAAGCAAAUCAACAUUCAAAGGAUUAUUACCAAUGCAAACGUAGCGCCGACGCCAACGCUCACAACAAUGAUCUCCCGUGCCCACCACCAGCAACAGCAGCAGCAGUUGAUUCAAGCUCAGCAGCAGAUCCAGCCACAACAGACAGUUCAGACGCCGACAACUCCCACUCGGAUUGUUCAAAUCAAAACCGCUCCCACUGUAUCGCUGAAUAACAGCUCAUUGUUGCAAAAUAUUCCGCCGCUUAUUUCAACCCAACAUCCGGCAUCGAACACGCAGCCCACUAUUCUCAACAUUCAAACAAUCCAACAACAGCAGCAGCAGCAACAACCUAUCCAAAUCCAACAGUCACCAACAACUCCCCAAAAGCGAACCAUCACAAUUACGGCACAGAACCCGCAGAGCAACAACAUGAUUGCCACUUCCGUUGCCCAAAUUCUCCAGCAGCAACAACUUCAACAGCAACAGCAAUCCAUUCAAACCACAUCCAUCGUAACCGGAAGCACCCAGCAGCCGAAGUACGCUCAGGUGGUAAUGUCUCCAAACGUGAAAGGCAAAACCAUAUUCCUGACGAACCCUUCGAGCAUGCCAAGUGUUCUCAACCAGAAAGGAGUAAUUCUUCGCACCGUGGACCCGUCCGGGAACACCGUUUACCAACAGAUUCCCCUGCAGAAUGUGUCUGGUCUAAGUGGUGCUACCAUUCUCACCAGUCCGCCUGGGCUGGUGAAAACAGAACAGGAUCCAAAGUCUCAGCUAAGUCAGAUACCGGCACUGGUGCCGACGAGUUCGCUGCAUCAAAACAUACCCGCCCUGACGCCGGUCGUUAUUCAACCCGCUCAGCAGCAGCAACAGCAACAGCAGACACAGCAGACCUCCACCAUCCCGGCGCUGAUAACGAGCAUUUCCCCGCAGGGUCAACAGCAGCAGGCACAGCAGAUCAAAACAUCGCCCCAGACCAUGACAAUCAUCCGACCGGUCGGAAGCAACAAUGUGCAGACAAUGCUUCCGCAGGGCCUCACACUGAUCCAGAGACCAGGCCAGCAACCGCAACUUGUUCAAACCAUCCAGGCAAACCAGGCCCAGACAGUGGUCGGCCAGCAGCAAACGCAAACGCGAACCAUCAUCACCCAAAUACCGCAGCAGCAGAUUCAGCAACAGCAGCAGCAGCAGCAGCAGCAGCAACACACGAUACAAUUCCAGGCAGCGGGAUCUCCGCGGGCAGGUGGCACCACUAUUCAACUUGUACAGCAGCCACAGCAAGACCGCAACGUUGUCCAGCAGCAACCCCAGCAAAUCCAGAUUCAAAGGACCCAAAUGACCCAGCAGCAACAGCAGGGAAGUACGGUUACGAUCCAGCAACAGAAUGCAACGGCUGUCGGGCAGCAGCAAAUCCAACAGCAGGGGGCUCGGAAAGGACUAUCCCUCUCGAACAAGCAUGUCAUGGAAGCACACGACAUGUUCAAGCGGGCUAAUCGGGUCACUCGUCUCGAAAAAGCUCUCAUCCUUAGUUUCAUGGCCGGGAGCCGAAAUAAUCCACGACCAAAUCCCGAAAAUGUUGUCACUAUUAAACUGAACGAGAGUAAGGAGAAAGUACUCCAGACGGAUGACACGCAAGCGGUCAUGCUGGUGGAAUCGUUGAUCACAUUAGAUUACAACACCGGCGAAUGGAAAACCUUCCGGAAGUACCGGGAACUGGAUCCUUCCCAGCAGAACGAAACAAGUCCCGGAACAACCGGAGGUGUACAAAGCGGUGGACUGACGACCACACAGCAGAAUUCAGUUGUUAUUUAAUAUUUAGCCUAGCAGAGGACAAAACGUGAUAGUGAAAAGUAGGAGAGCGAAUGAGACGAGCAUGAGGGAGGAAUAGAAGAUUGUCUCUGUAGUAAAACAAACGAUUUCUUGCGUGUAAUAUAACAACCGCAGUUCACGUUAUCUUCGUUCUAAGAUCUAAUCCUCUGUCGUAUUACUAUAUCUGAUCAACAUGCAAAACAAUUUUUGUUGUUGUUGCACGAAAUAAAACCUAUUCUGUAAAACAAAAUUUAGUGCUCUAAGUAUAGCAGUAGUAGAAGACAAAUAAUAUGGUAAAAGCACCUAGGAACCUAGACUAAAUGUCUGACUUGUUGCGUAAUUGAUUCGACCUCUAAAUGCUAUUGCGAAACUGUGCAACAGCUGGGGCAAUGAUCAGAUGAAAAAAUGGAACAUCGGAGAGGAAAUUGUUUGUGGUACAGAGUACAUAUUUUCAAACGCAAAUUUAAUAACAUUAGGUCAUAUUGGACCGAAGACCUGCAGGAGCUAAGCUAGUUAUGAAAAAAAGCAACAAUUAAAUUCCCUUGCUGAAGCGAAAUCGUAGGCGCAAAAAUCAGUCAUUUCAAUUGAGUUAUUAUGUAGAGAUGUCGCAGGCCGGCUCGAAAGCUUGGUUUUAGAGACAAAAAACAAGAACAUGUGUGCGUACAUGUUGAACGGCGAUAAAAUAGUAAUUUUUCAGUUUAGUGAAGAUUGGAUAACGCUGUAAUUAUUAUCUUUAUUAUUAAAAAAAAUAAACCGAGGAUUAAUCUUAAAAAUGAAAUAUUAUUUUAUCAUAGGCAGAAAUACAAUGAAUGUGUAUAUUCCAAUAGCAGCGUAUACAGUGCAAAAAUGGAA